AUGGCCAUGGACUACGGGGACCACGCCAGCGGGUUCCGCCACAACGAGGUGAUCAAGUUCAUCAACAAUGAAGUCCUCAUGAAUGGGGGAAGUCCGGAUUUCUACAUGGCCUUCCGCUCGCGGCCCUGGAAUGAGGUAGAGGACCAGCUUCUGGCCGUCGUGGACGACCCGCAGGUGCCAAGUCCCAUCAAGAGGGCCUGCGCCUGGAGCGCGCUGGCCUUGAGUGUGCGAGUGGCCGCGAGGCAGCAGGAGCAGCAAGCGCGCCUCAUACGGCGCCUGCAGGUGCAGUUAGAGGAGCGUGAUACUGCUUUCUGGGCUCUGACCUCCCAGCUACAGCAGCUGCGACAGGAGCGUGAGGAGAUGGCUGCGCAGCUGCACUGUGCAGGGGCUGCCCUGCACCAGGCACAGAAUGAGUGUGAUAUGCUUCGUGGGCGGCUGCUCCAGCUCGAGAGGGCAGCCCAGGUUGUCCCGCUCACCCCACUGGUCCCUGGAAUAGUGCCUGGGCCUCCAGUCGAGCAGCUCGGGGCCGCAGCAUGGCCCUUGAAUGCAGAGCAGCAGAGAGAUGUGACCAUGGGGGUGCAUGGUAGGCUGUAUUUUGAGGCCCCCAUGCCACCCCCGACAGCUGUUUCUUAUGUGCCGGGACCCCCCAGUCCCUUGGCCCAGGCCAUGCAACCCCCUCUGCCAACACCUGUGCCAUACCCAGUUUCAUGCCACGCACCAUUCCCAGUGGGAUUCCCAUUCAUGCCACCUCUACCACCAGCAGUAGUCAUGGGAGCAGAAGCUGCAGUGGUCCCACUUCAGAUGCCUCCUCUGGAGAUUUACCCACCUGGCCCAUGGGCUGCAGUGGGCUUCCAGGAGAUGGCCCCACCAUGGGAUCAGAGUAGCUACAUCCAAGAAGAAGGUCCUGAGGUCCUCCAGGGUACAGUCCCCUUGGGGGAAAUCAUAAGCCACAGCCAGGAAAAAGGUCCAGAGGAGCCUCAGGGGAUAAUCUCCCUUGAAGAUAGUUCGAGACACAGCCAGAAAGAAGGCCCGGAGAAGCCCCAGGGGAUGGUCCCCCUUGAAGAUGGUUGGAGCCACAGCCAAGAAGAAGAUCCAGAUAGGCCCCAGGAGCUGGUUACCCUGGGCGACAGCAGGAACCACAGCCAGGAAGAAGGUCCAGAGAAGCCCCAGGGGAUGGUAACCAUAGGAGCCAGUGGGAACCACAGCAAGGAAGAAGAUCCAAAAAGACCCCAGGGGAUAGCCCCCUUGGGGGAUAACAGGAGCCAAAGCCAGGAGGAAGAUCUGGAGAGGCCCCAGGGGACUGUCCCCCUCGGGGGCAGCAGAAACGACAGCCAGGGAGAAGGUCCGCAGAGGAGUCCCCCUUUGGGGCCUAUCAGGAGCCACAGGCAGGAAGAAGGCCCACAGAGGCCUCAGGCGACCCCCCUGGGGGACAGCUGGAGCAGUGGCAAGAGAGAAAACCCAAAGAAACGGCCGGCUCAGGGGCAGAAGGCCAAGCAGCCAAAAGGGAAAAAAGCCUCCAAAUCCCAGCACCAGGAGAAGUCGGCCUCAGGCUGCAGUUCAGUAAAUUGGGACUGCCCGUGUUGUAAAGCGAAGAAUUUUUCCUGGCGCAAGGCCUGCUACAAAUGCAAGAAAGUUCGUGUGGCAGUUGAGAGUGAAGGCCUGGACCCAGGACAGACUCACUGA